GUGAGGAGGAGGUGACUGAGCGCCAGGCCAGUAUUAGAUGUGUGUGAGGCUUCCCAGGGAAAGCAGAUAGCUCUCUGAGCAAAGGGGAGUCACAGGCGGCUCUCUCUCACUCCCUCUCUCUCCUCCCUGCUGCAGGCUUUGCUUCCUUUGCCUCUUUACCAAUUCACUUUUAGUUCCCGCUUCUCACUAAUCACGGCUUCAAAACCCACACUCCCGUCAGGACUUUUUAAACAGCAUUUUUAAUUCAAUUGGGCUAAAAAGAUCCUGUCAAAAGAAAAGGAGCAGGUUUAGAAAGUAGCAGCCGCCUGACUUUUCCUUUCUCUUAAAGGGCUAGCGCAGUUCUAUUCUCCCGAUCACACUGACCUAUUGACAAGAAAUCUUCCUGUUGAAGAUUUCCACUUUCUUUCCCUUCAGUGCCGAGAGCAUGUUUAAGCUGACAAGGCACUCGUGUCCUUUUCUUAAAUCCUAACUGGAGAGCUAAGAAAUACUACCCCCUCCCCACCAUUCAAUCGUUUUCUCCAGUUUCACCAAGACUGGUCCUUAGGGACCUGACCGGAGAGAGAGCGAAAGAGAGGAAGAAACGUUGGCAGUGACACAUUCGGAGGGACAAAUCUGCCAGACUGACCUGUGUAGGAAAGUAACGGCGCUUUUGCGAGUGUGUGUGAACUCUUCCCUGCGGAACGGUAGUUUGUAGGAACUGACUCUGGACUCGUGAUGGUUCUCCCGUCACUUUGCCUGGUAGUAGCGGUGGCGCUAGUGGCAGCGUGUGAGACUGCGGCUGAGCAAGCUGGAAAUGUAGGACUCACCCAUAUAGACUUAUUACAGAAAAAACUAGGAGAAUAUGAAGUAAUAACACCUGUGAGCACUGAUGCUGAGGGACGUCUUAUGUCAACUAUUGUUUCAGUCAACCACAAGAAAAGGUUUACAAGAGAUACCUCCCAAGUGCAACACACACUUUAUUUCAAUGUUACUGCUUUUGGAAGAGAAUUUCACCUUAAGCUGAGACCAAAUACAAAACUCAUAGCUCCAGGAGCUGUUAUAGAAUGGCAUGAAGACCAAGUAAAUCUGACUAAUGGAUUCCAUACUGGGAAUCAGAACCCUGAUAAUGAUACCGCACAUCAAAUAUGGAGAAAGGAAUCUCUUUGGACUAAUUGUGCUUAUGUUGGAGAAAUAACUGACAGUCCGGGGGCUUUAGUUGCUCUUAGCAACUGUGAUGGUCUGGCUGGAAUGAUAAGAACAAAGGAAGAUGAAUAUUUUAUUGAACCACUGGAACGAGGCAAACAAAAGGAUGAAGAAAAUGGAAGAUUACAUGUUGUGUACAAAAGAUCCACUGCAAAGCAGAUUCCUACUGGUGACUCUCACAAUUUCUCAGAGGCAGAUUUUGCUGGCCUUGAUAAUGUGGACAGCAUAUUCAGUAAUAUCGAAAAGCAAGUAAAUGAAACUCUUAGACGACGCAGACAUGCUGGUGAAAAUGAUUACAACAUUGAAGUACUCCUGGGAGUGGAUGAUUCGGUUGUGAGGUUUCAUGGAAAAGAGCACGUUCAAAACUACCUGCUUACCCUGAUGAACAUUGUUAAUGAAAUUUACCAUGAUGAUUCAAUUGGGGUCCAUAUCAAUAUAGUUCUGGUCCGUAUGAUAAUGUUGGGUUAUGCAAAGUCUAUUAGCUUGAUUGAAAGAGGCAGCCCAUCAAGGAGUUUAGACAAUGUGUGCCGCUGGGCAAGCCAACAACAGAAAGCAGAUCCCAACCAUUCUGAACACCACGAUCAUGCCAUUUUUCUGACCAGACAAGAUUUUGGCCCAGCUGGAAUGCAAGGAUAUGCCCCAGUGACAGGUAUGUGCCAUCCAAUGAGAAGUUGUACUCUGAAUCAUGAAGAUGGAUUUUCAUCAGCUUUUGUGGUUGCCCAUGAAACUGGCCAUGUACUGGGAAUGGAACAUGAUGGCCAAGGAAACAGAUGUGGGGAUGAAACAGCUAUGGGCAGUGUUAUGGCUCCCCUGGUACAAGCAGCAUUUCAUCGAUAUCAUUGGUCUCGGUGUAGUGGUCAGGAACUAAAAAGAUACAUACAUUCAUAUGAUUGCCUUCUGGACGACCCUUUUGAACAUGAUUGGCCUAAACUUCCAGAUCUCCCUGGGAUUAACUAUUCUAUGGAUGAACAAUGUCGAUUCGACUUUGGCGUUGGCUACAAAAUGUGCACUGCAUUCAGAACAUUCGAGCCUUGUAAACAGUUGUGGUGCAACCAUCCUGAUAAUCCUUAUUUCUGUAAAACCAAGAAGGGACCCCCUCUUGAUGGAACUGAGUGUGCUCCUGGAAAGUGGUGCUACAAGGGUCACUGCAUGUGGAAGACUACUAACCAAGUAAAACAAGAUGGAAAUUGGGGAUCUUGGACAAAAUUUGGCUCCUGUUCGAGGACUUGUGGUAUAGGUGUCCGUUUCAGAACACGGCAGUGUAACAACCCAAUGCCAGUCAAUGGUGGCCAGGACUGCUCUGGUUUGAACUAUGAAUAUCAACUUUGUAAUACUGAAGAAUGCCCUAAGCACUUUGAAGACUUCAGAGCCCAACAGUGUCAACAACGAAACUCAAACUUUGAGUACCAAAACGCCAAACACCACUGGCUUCCAUAUGAACAUCCUGAUGCCAACAAACGAUGUCAACUCUACUGUCAGUCUAAAGAAACUGGAAGCAUUGCAUCAAUGAAACAACUUGUUCAUGAUGGGACUCGCUGCUCCUACAAAGACCCACAUAGCAUUUGUGUGAGAGGGGAAUGCAUUAAAGUUGGCUGUGACAAGGAAAUAGGUUCCAAUAAGGUGGAUGACAAAUGUGGUGUUUGUGGAGGAGACAAUGCCCAUUGUCGUACUGUGAAGGGAACAUUCACAAGAACACCUAAAAAAUCUGGGUACCUAAAGAUGUUUGACAUCCCCCCUGGUGCUAGACAUGUGUUUAUCCAAGAAGACGAGGCCUCUCCUCAUGUUCUUGCUAUUAAAAAUCAGGCUACAGGACAUUACAUACUAAAUGGAAAAGGGGAAGAAGCAAAGUCCCGCUCAUUCAUUGACCUUGGCGUAGAGUGGGAGUACAUAAUUGAAGAUGACAUUGAAACAGUGCACACAGACGGACCUUUGCAUGAUGCCAUUGUGGUGCUGGUUAUUCCUCAGGAGAAUGACACAAAGUCCAGUUUAACAUAUAAAUAUAUAAUUCAUGAAGAUUCUGUUCCAACAAUAAGCCACAACAAUGUACUGCAAGAGGAAUCGGACACUUAUGAGUGGGCCUUAAAGAGCUGGUCUCAGUGCUCAAAACCAUGUGGUGGAGGCUUUCAAUACACAAAAUACGGAUGCCGUAGGAAAAGCGAUAACAAAAUGGUUCACCGCAGCUUCUGUGAAGCAAAUAAGAAGCCUAAGCCAAUUCGCAGAAUGUGCAAUCUUCAAGAAUGCACCCAGCCAAUCUGGAUAACAGAUGCAUGGGAACACUGCACAAAAAGCUGUGGAAGUUCUGGCUACCAAAUUCGUUCUGUACGAUGCAUCCAGCCCCUCCAUGAUGGUACCAAUCGUUCAGUUCACAGCAAGUACUGCAAUGGAGAUCGCCCAGAAAGCAGAAGGCCUUGCAAUAGAGUGCCUUGUCUGGCCCAGUGGAAAACAGGGGCAUGGUCUGAGUGCUCCGUGACAUGUGGCGAAGGGAUCGAAGUGAGACAAGUUCUGUGUCGAGCUGGUGAUCAGUGUGAUGGAGAGAAACCAGAGUCUAUGAGGGACUGUAAACUGACUCCUUGCAGUGAUGAACCAUGCCUUGGAGACAAAUCUAUAUUUUGUCAAAUGGAGGUGCUAGCUCGGUAUUGCUCCAUACCAGGAUACAACAAACUUUGCUGUGAAUCCUGUAGCAAGCGUGGCACCCAACAACCACCGUAUUUCACUGAAGCUGCUGAAACUGAAGAUGAACUCUUUUUUGACCCUAGUGAUUUGUCCAAGGCCGGCAUGACUCCGACAGCUUUAGCACCUCUUGAUGCAGAAGCUACAUCUGAAAGAAAGAAAGCAUUAGCAGCCCUUUCCUUUGCUGAAAGUGAUGCAGAUCUAGGCAUUUUAUCUGUACCGGAAAGCAGGCCAAAAUUUUCAGAUCAAGCCCAGAGAAGAUCACAUGUAGCUGCAGGCAAAAACCUUGCUAGGAUUGUCGGUAUCCCACCACCAACUCCAAAUAGCAACAUUCAUUUACAUAGACCUUCCAUGCCAGACAUGGACACAGGUCAUCUCAGCUCUCCAGGCAGAACCUCAAGGAGAAAUGAUAAAUCCUUUGAGAAAAGACGUUCUUUGCAGUCAUCUACAACAGAACGAUGAAGCUUGAAAAAUCAAGAACUAUAUUAAAAAAUUUUCUUAGGACACCCUGGUGCAUUCUGCUUGUAAAAGUGGAACUCUGCAGAUUAACAACUCAUUUCAACUGUAUAUAACUGGACAUACAAAGUGCUGGUUCACUUAUGAUCUGAUUUAAUUCUCUAUCCAUUCUUUGCAUUCCGUUUAACUUGAAUGAAGGGAAACACCAAAGAUUCUCCUAAAGGAUAACCUCAUUUUAUUUUUUUUGCUUACUUCCUAGGAAAUGCUCAGGUUUUGCAUGGCAUCAUGCAAAAAAAAAAUGUUUUUACACCUUUAUUAAAUUUGAAGAAUACCUUUAGUAUACAAAGAUACUUCCUAGAUAACUAACUCGACCUAUUGAAAUUGCAGCUGAAACAUAUAUGUUACAAAGUCAGUGUUAUUUGUUUGCUCACAUUUUAUUGUUUACCAAUGUCAUUUUUGGGUGCUAAGAGGAGCAUUUUUAUUGCAGACUGCCUUAUUUACAUUCCUUGAGGGGAGAAUUUUCUUUGUUUUUUUUAGUUUAGUAUACAAAAACACAAUUAUUCAGCAAUACAGCCAUGUGGGUCAUAUCCCCUGGCAUAUGAAGCCUUUGGAAACCUAUGUAACAACUGCAACCAGAGGCAACUAGGUGGCACAUAAUGUCUUGUGUAUUAGACUUUUUUUAGUUGCCGUAUUUUUGUAUACAAAUGAAAAUGGUAGUGGCAGCAGACAAAACAUAUUGAAUAGAAAGCACUUUCAACUCUAGAAAAGUAGAUGAAGGAAAUACUAAUAUACUAAAAAUGUGACUCAGGAGCUAUUUAAAUUAAAAUUAAAUGUAUGUUCCAAUGAAAAAAUAUACAGGUGAAUGUAGACAUUCCUAGAGACAUUUCCCUUAUGCCAAAAGGAAAGCAGAUAGUUUAGAAUCUAAUCAUACAAUAAUAUGAUUUAUAAUUAAGAUGUGCUUUCUACAUGCUGUCUUAACCCAUCUUUCACGCAGCCCGAGAGUAUGAAAACAAUAAGUAGGUAUAUGGAAACUUUAGGUGGACUUUCUUUAUUCAGUGCUGAUCAAAGAGAGGAGAGAGAUAUUUAUUUUAACAUAAGUCACCUCAUUUUUCACAACCACAAUGCAUCUGACUGCAAUAAUGUACAAGUGAUUUAUAAUACAAAUCACAUUUUCACAAAUACGCCAGUUCUCUCUCUCUCUUGUACCUGUAAAGUACUUGUAUAUAGAUUAUAAAACAGAAGGUAUUUAUUAAAAAGUUGAUUUUCUUGAUAGAAUUUAUGUAUUGAAUAUACACAGUUAUAGCAUUUGUCAUUUCUUCUGUUACAUAAUUAAUACAAAUGCAUCCCUAAUAUGCAUAGGUUAUAAGCUAUUUACUACUACUGUUGACGCAGUAUGGAAAUAUAAGUACAUAGGCAAUAUGAAAUUUAACAUACAACCAAAACUUUUGACAAUGUGUUUUUUUUAAAGGUAUAUAGUUAGCUUAGAUAGUUAACAAAUGACUUGCAAUCUUUUUUCAACAAAAAUUGCCUGCAGUAACCCCAAACAACAUUACACAUGAAUUAUGUGUAUUCAAAAUAUUUAGAUUUAGGAGUACAGAAAUUUGUGAAAACUUAGGAACAAAUGGAAUUCACUUGAACAGUCAAGUAAAAAUAGAUUUUUGAUUUUUGAAACGAAUGGGUUUUCCAUGUAAGAAUGUGUUAGUUGUUAUCCGUACACUAACCUUGCCAGCACAUAUUGACUUGACUCUAAAGAAAUGCUGCUGAAAUACAGCAAGACUUUGGAAGGUCCAAACAAAAGUAGAUUUUUUUUAAUAGUUUUUUUGACAACCCCUAUUCCACAAACAGAUUGUCUUUCUAGAAUAGAGAUGACGAAAUUGUCCCAUCCACCGUUGACUUUAACUGGAUAUAAAAGUGAAGUUGUAGUUUAACAAAAGUAUGAGGGCCACAGAACUCCCAUGCUUGCCCGAUAUAUAUAUUUACUUUAUCUCCCAUGUAAAUUGAAACACUUUAUAAAAAAAUGGGAUUAUGCCAAAAUAUAUGCAUGGGGGAGGUAGGGAUGAUAGGGGUUCUGGUAGCCAUACCCUAGAAUCUACCAAAUUAAGAGACUUUAUUAUUUUCUUUUUUUCUUCAUGCUUUGUAUCAUCUCGGUGUAGAUAUUCCUAAUGCUGGGUAUCCCUUUUCUUUUUAGUUUGUAUCAUUCAAAACUCUUUUCUUGGCUAUUAAGUGUACACUACUGAUGCUGUUUGUUUUACUGGGGAGCAAUAAAAAAAGCUUUUAACAUAUA